GUAUGAGACAUUAGGCGCCGUACAGAUGGUGCAGCAGCCGGCAUUGUUAUAGUACUGUGCUGCAAGGCACGGAGACAUGUGACGGGAAUGAGCAGCGUGUGAGCAGCAGAGCGUGUGGCGCCCCCUGGGCCGGUUAUAGUGGCCGCACCCGGAGCAGGGGGUGGGGAAAGGAAAGCGGCGUCGGCGCGGAAACAUGGCGGAUAAGGAAAAGAAGAAAAAGGAAAGCAUUCUUGACCUAUCCAAAUACAUUGACAAGACUAUUCGAGUGAAGUUCCAGGGUGGGAGAGAAGCAAGUGGAGUUCUGAAGGGAUUUGAUCCUCUGUUGAACCUUGUUUUGGAUGGUACCAUAGAGUAUAUGAGAGACCCGGAUGACCAAUACAAGUUAACAGAGGACACACGGCAGCUUGGACUUGUUGUUUGCAGAGGGACAUCUGUGGUUCUAAUUUGCCCGCAGGAUGGCAUGGAGUCUAUUCCAAACCCUUUCGUUCAACAGCAGGAGGGUUAAUUUUUUUACAAGCCAGAAUGACCUGAUUGAUUCCACUGGGAUGCUCCAUACUUCAAGUUGAAGAUCACCAUUUCUUUUUUUCUUUCUUCAAUUUCCUUUUGUAAUGGCAAAAAUAAGCCAAUUUAAGCAAGUCCGGACUUGCAGUUACUGCUAGGUGUUAUAUUUUUGGUAGUGUUUUAUGAGUUUCUUGUUUCACUUGUCCCUGCCAUGCCCUUUCUUGGUCUAUGGCUAAUGCCAUAUGUGUGCAUCAUGGUUAAAACAUUACUUUAAAUAAGUCCUUUUCUUUUUGUUCCUUAAUUAUUUGAAAUAUAUAAAAUGUAACUAAACUA